AUGGGAGUACACCCGAAGGAUAAUCCCCCUCCGAAAGGAGCUCCACCCACCGGAGGAGCAGCUACAGAUAAACCAGCUGAAGGAGCAACCGAUAAGGCAGGAGCAGAACCGGCUGGAGCAGCAGCCGAUAAACCAGAAGCUAAUCCGGCUGGAGGAGCAGCCGAUAAACCAGAAGCUAAACCGGCUGCUCCAGCCGAUAAACCAGCUGCUCCAGCCGAUAAACCAGCAGAAAAACCGGCUGAAGGAGCAGCCGAUAAACCAGAAGCUAAACCGGCUGCUCCAGCCGAUAAACCAGCAGAAAAACCGGCUGGAGGAGCAGCCCCUAAACCAGGAGAUAAACCGGCUGGAGGAGCAGCAGAUAAGCCAGGAGGUAAACCAGCUGGAGCACCAGCUGGAGCACCAGCAGAUAAACCAAAAGAUAAACCGGCCGGAGGGGCAGCAAAUAAACCGGCUGGAAAACCGAAAAAAUAA